CGGAAGUCCUUCUUCCACUGUCGUCAAGCCCUCAUCAGGCGGCUCUCUCGCAACCAUUACAUCCCUUUUCGGACAUCUGGACUCAUGGAGGACGACGCCCCGCCUUCGCGAAAAGGGCGUCGUACUCCCGCCAUCAACAAUUGGUGGACCGGCCCGUGAUGCUCCAUGGAACGAUUCCGGGUACCUGGAGAUCUCAGAUUCGUGAGAACUUUCUCUCUCAACUCUGGCUCUAUAACAACGCCAUCGUCCCAUCACUCGUCUCAAACAUGACAGGCAUCUCAGUCACUUCCGCAUCAGCUGCCCCUCCAUAAUGACCCGACUCACCGGCCUCCUCUACGGCCUCGCCGCCCUGGCCAGCUUGACCACCGCCAAACCCGUCUGCCGCGACGAAUCCACCAAGUUCGAAGCCGAAGACGCCGUCCUCUCCGGCACCGAGAUCCUCACCACCCAAUCCGGCUUUUCCGGUACCGGCUACGUCGGCGGCUUCGACACCUCCACCGACAAAAUCACCUUCACAAUCCCCUCCUCCUCCACCAAGCUCUACGACCUCUCCAUCCGCUACGCCGGCAUCUACGGCGACAAAAAGACCACCGUGAUCCUCAACUCGGGCGCCUCCACCGAAGUCUCCCUCCCGUCCACCGACUUCUUCUCCACCGUCUCCGGCGGCCAAAUCCUCCUGAACGAAGGCACCAACACCCUCGAGAUCGUCAACAACUGGGGCUGGUACCUGAUCGAUUACAUCCUCAUCACCCCCAGCGCCAAGCGCGAAGCGCACAACAUCAACACCAGUCUCGUCAACCCCGCCGCUAGCACUGAAGCAAAGACCCUCUACGCUUACCUCCGCUCUAUCUACGGCAAGAAGAUCCUUUCCGGUCAGCAGGACUUGUCAUACGCCAAUUACGUCGCUACACUCACGGGCAAGACCCCCGCGCUGGUUGCCUCGGAUCUAAUCGAUUACUCCCCCUCGCGUGUGGCCUACCAGGGGAAUGUGAGCCAAGCCGUUGAAGAGGCGAUCACGCACCAUCAGAGAGGCGGGCUCGUGUCCAUCCUGUGGCACUGGAAUGCUCCCGCGGGUCUGUACGAUACUAGUGAGAAUCCGUGGUGGUCUGGCUUUUACACGCGGGCUACCGAUUUCGACAUCGCUGCUACGUUGGCUGAUCCCACGGGCGCCAACUACACCGUUCUCAUCCGCGACAUUGAUGCAAUAGCGUACCAGCUCAAACGCCUGCAAAACGCCGGCGUCCCCGUCCUCUGGCGUCCGCUUCACGAAGCAGAGGGUGGAUGGUUCUGGUGGGGAGCCAAGGGCGCUGCGCCCGCCAAAGCUCUUUAUCAUAUCCUCUACGACCGGUUGACGAACGUUCAUGGCUUGAACAACCUCAUCUGGGUAUGGAACUCGGUUGCGCAGGACUGGUACCCUGGCGAUGAGGUGGUUGAUAUCGUUAGUGCCGAUGUGUAUGCCCAGGGCAACGGGCCGAUGAGUGUGCAGUACAAUGAGUUGGUGGUCCUCGGUAACGACAAGAAGCUGGUGGCGGCGGCGGAGGUGGGGGCUGCUCCUAAGCCUGACUUGCUGGUUGCGUAUGAGGCGCAUUGGUUGUGGUUUUGUGUUUGGGGGGAUAGCUUCAUUAAUAAUGCUGAGUGGAAUAGUCCGGCGGUGUUGACGGAGAUCUAUAACCACGACUAUGUCCUCACGCUGGAUGAGAUCCAGGACUGGAAGACUAUUGGAGCUGCUCAGCUCUAA